AUGGAAGAAAGGGCAGGUCAGCUACUAUGUGGCGGGUUUCAAGGAACCCAGGUCACUUCCCAAGCAUAUAAGUUGAUUGUUGAGCACAAAAUCUCAUCAAUGAUCUUAUCUCGAAAGAAUGCAGUCAAUGUUGAACAAAUGUCAAAGUUGAUCAAGGACCUACAAUACAUUGCGUACACUCAGGGAGAUUACAAGUACCCAAUUAUGUUUGCCAUUGAUCAAGAAGGCGGAAUUAUGAACUCCCUUUUUGAUCCAGAUUUCUUAACCCAGUAUCCCAGUGCUAUGGCAUUGGCUGCAACAGGUGAUCCCAAAUUGGUGUAUGAAAUAUCUAAAGCAAUAGCUAUAGAGCUUAAAACGAUUGGAUUCAGUAUAAUUUUGGGACCUGUGUUGGAUGUGGUGACAAAAUUAUCGCACCAAUUGGUAGGUGUGAGAAGUUUUGGAACUACUGUUGAAGAUGUACAAAAGUAUGGCCUGAUGUGCGCCAGAGGUUUACGGGAUGGUGGCUUAUUUACAGUGGGCAAGCAUUUUCCUGGUAUAGGAAAUGCCACCGUUGAUUCAUUAUUGGAGUUACCCAUGAUGGGUGACACUCUAAGUCAAAUUCGUCAAAACAAUGUUGCACCUUUUGAACACUUGAUAAAAGCUGGUUUAUUGAAUGGCGUAAGUGUAGCCGGUUGUGGGGUACCUAAUAUCAGUCCUGAUGAGACCCAUGCGUGUUUAUCACCUGUCAUCAUCAACCAGCUAUUGAGGCACGAGCUUGAAUUCAAUGGUGUUGUCAUCAGUGAGUGUUUGGAAAUGGAAGCAUUGUACCAUUCAAUUGGAUUAGGACAGGGAGUGAUAUUGGCUAUUAAUGCAGGCUGUGAUUUGGUCAUGGUUUGCCAUGACUUGAAGUUGCAAAAUGAAGCUAUCGACUCGAUAAAAAAGGGUAUUUUAAAUGGCAACUUGGACGACGAUACCAUUCUUGCUAGUUUUGAGAGAGUGGAGACUUUACAAAAGCAAUUACCUAGUUGGAAGGAGAUAUUCCCGGAGGGUAUCACAUCAGCACAAGAGAGUCCAGCUUUAUUCAAAUACCAAUAUCCAGAUUUAUGGAAUCGACAUCAAGACUUGGCAUCUCUAGCAUAUCAGAAAUCAAUCACCUUAGUGCGAGAUUAUGGUGGCUUACUUCCACUAUCAAAACGUUACGAACAAGCAUCUGAAAUUGAGUCAAUCCUAGUAUUGAGCCCUUUGUUAAGCCCAAUUUUACCGAAACAAACACAGAAAGAAAGUCUCUUUACUGGUGAAGAAGUGUUUCAGAGUUUUGGUAAGUUUUUAUCCAAACAUCAGGUGAAUGCAGGUAAAAAAUACGUUGUGUUUCAUACGACCUACACGGCGAACGGUUUGACACCGCUUCACGAGUCAUUGAUUGAAAAGGCAAACAUUGUUGUAGUCUUCACAAGUGAAGCUUCAAGAAACAUGUAUCAGAUCGGUAUUGUAAAAUACGUUUCAGUACUAUGUGGAGCGAAUCCUUCUUCUUUUGGAGGAAAACGGACCAAAUCAACCAAUUCGUUGCAAAAACCGUUGAUUGUGGUUGCCACACUGUCUCCAUACGAUUUCUUCUAUGACAAGUUGAUGGGAAGUGUGUACAUUUGUUGUUAUGAUUACACAAGAAAAGCAUUGGAAAACGUGGCAGCUCUACUUAUGGGAGACUUUCAACCACAAGGCUGCAUUCCAGGGGAACAGGAACACCCUAAAAAAAGAAGACACAGCCACGAUGAUGUUAAUGCGAAACAAAUCAAGAGAAAAUGGUUGGUUGAUGAAUUCGAUAUGGCUAGAGAUUUGCCAGGUUUGAUCAAGUUGUGGAAAGAGGUUGAAGGUGAGGAGGAUAGUAUCAACAUGCAAGAUGAGCAAUAUUGUAAAAGGUUGGGUGGUCUUUUAGCCACUUCAAAUCAAAAGCAUUUUGUUGUGCGGAAUUCAUCAUUGAAUAUUCUAUACGGAGCAGUGUUGACAUGGUGUGAAGGGUCUGUGGGACACGUACUCUACAUAGUUGUUGAAAAAUCCAAGUGUUUGCAUAGCAUUGGAAAAAACUUGAAUGCCAGGGCAGAACGAUAUUUAACUAGGGAGAAAAACUGUACCGAAAUUAGAUUGGGUUCUGCCUUCCCCCUUAUCAUGUUUCCCGGGAAUCUCAGCUGUGGUAGUAGCUUAUUUUUGAAACGUCUUGGAUGGGAAGAUGACAAGUCGCAAAGAAAAUGGAUUUUGGUAUUAAACGAAUUAAGUGGGUGGCUGGUACCAGAACGUAUUUUGAAAGAGUUAAUGAUUGUGGGAGUAAGGUUUGAUGUGUGUACAGGGUCAGGCCAAUUGGAGAAAUUAAUUCAAAAGGGAGACCUAACACCUGAGUAUAAGGCGUAUUAUAAAGAAGCAAUGAAGAACAUUCCUUCAAGACUGGCCCAUGAAGUGAAGAUAAUAAUUGCAUUGGAACCAAGUUCACAGAAUGUGAUAGGUAGUAUCAUACUAUUCACCAAUAAAUCAGAAUUUUCCAAAUUUUUCCCCUUCAUUGAUCAGUGUAUCAAUGAUGACAAGCAAAGAAAUGGCACUGCUACUGCUGUGCCUGUAAUAGGUGGAAUUAUUGCACCGGUGAUUGAUCAACUGUAUGCCAACUUGGUCGACAUUUUCAAGUAUGGUUUAAUUUGCAGUGCAAUAACAAAGCUAAAAAAUUCCAUAAACGAUGAAGAUUUGUUAAAUCAAUGCAUAAUGUGUGACGUUAUUGAUGACGACAAGACAAUGACAAGUAUACGCGAUAUCGGAUUUGAAAAAUGGAAGUACUAUUACGACUAUUAUGAUAAGAAAGUGGGUCAGUAG